AGCGCAUGCGGCCUUCAGUGCUAAAGUUACAAACUGCGCACGAAGAAAAGAAUCAAAAAUUGAAAAUUUAACAAAUUUCGUGAAAGUUUAAAUUGAUUUUAAUCAGCAAUCAUGGCGUUAUCCAACCCUGGAGGCAGUCGAAAAGUCUGCUAUUAUUAUGACUCUGAUAUUGGUAACAACUACUAUGGUCAAGGCCACCCAAUGAAACCACACAGAAUUCGCAUGACACACAAUCUCCUUCUUAAUUAUGGAUUGUACAGAAAGAUGGAGAUCUAUCGUCCCCAUAAAUGCAAUGCUGAAGAGAUGUCACGAUACCACAGCGAUGAUUACAUUAAGUUCCUGAGAAGCAUUCGUCCAGAUAACAUGUCAGAAUACACAAAACAAAUGCAGCGAUUUAAUGUGGGUGAGGAUUGCCCAGUGUUUGAUGGCUUGUAUGAAUUCUGUCAAUUAUCUGGUGGGGGAUCCAUAGCUGGUGCAGUUAAGAUAAACAAACACCAAACAGACAUUGCAAUCAACUGGGCAGGCGGGCUUCAUCAUGCAAAGAAAUCUGAAGCAUCUGGAUUCUGUUACGUUAAUGAUAUUGUUCUGGCUAUCCUGGAACUACUAAAGUACCACCAGCGUGUCUUGUACAUUGACAUUGACAUCCACCAUGGAGAUGGGGUAGAAGAAGCCUUCUAUACCACAGAUCGUGUCAUGACGGUUUCAUUUCAUAAAUAUGGAGAAUAUUUCCCAGGCACUGGAGAUCUAAGGGAUAUAGGGGCAGGGAAAGGCAAAUAUUAUGCUCUUAACUUCCCACUAAGAGAUGGAAUGGAUGAUGAAUGUUAUGAACAAAUCUUUCAACCAGUGAUAACUAAGGUGAUGGAAUAUUACCAGCCAAGUGCUGUUGUACUUCAGUGUGGGGCAGAUUCAUUGNCAGGGGAUAGGCUUGGUUGUUUCAACCUUACAGUUAAAGGGCAUGCUAAGUGUCUUGAGUACGUGAAGAAAUUCAACGUCCCAAUCUUAAUGUUGGGUGGAGGUGGUUACACCAUUCGUAACGUAGCUAGAUGUUGGACAUAUGAGACUGCUGUGGCUCUGGGGCAGGAAAUUCCAAACGAGCUUCCCUACAAUGAUUACUUUGAAUACUUUGGACCAGACUUCAAGCUUCAUAUCAGUCCAAGCAACAUGAGCAACCAAAACACGAUGGAAUAUUUGCAGAAGAUCCGACAACGAUUGUUUGAAAACCUUCGAAUGUUGCCUCAUGCACCUGGCGUGCAAAUGCAAGAUAUCCCACCAGAUGCUGUUGUAUCAGGAAGCGAUGAUGAAGCAAUGGAUGAUCCGGAUAAGAAGACAUCCAUCCGAGCAUCCGAUAAACGGAUCCAACGUCCAGAUGAAUACUCCGACUCCGAGGAUGAAGGAGAGGGCGGAAGAAAGAAUGAGGAAACUCACAAGAAGAAGAGGAAAGUUAUUGAGGUGGAAGGUGUUGCUCAGCCGCAGGAGACUAAACCAGCUCCAGUAGCGGAGCCUGCCACGGAAAAUGGAGUCGAUAAGCCGGAACCAACUAAAGAAGCUUUAGAUACAAGCGUGCCUGCUAGCACUACAGAGCCUGUUGAAACAACUCCUGUGACUGUACCUGAUGACGUAAGCACCAAGGAUGCAGUUGUGCCUGAAGCAAGUGAAGUCCAAAACGAAAACGUCGCCCAACCCGAGACCACAAGUGAAACCCCUGUUGUUCAAAAUGAAGAAAAAGAAGCAGCAGCGCCACCUAGCGAGGAAGUAGCACAAGCUCCAGACUCCACCACUCCUGAUGAAGAGAAGCAGGAAGAUGAAAAAAUGGAAAUUUGAUGACGUGUUCGUAACGGUGACGUCACAUAAAAAUCUUGCUAACCUGCCAAUUAGUUAUUGGGCCAGAUGGGCCACACUUGUAUAUUCCACACAAAAUAAACUCUUGUAUAAAAUCGUAUCUUCUGCGCACUCUAGACAAUUUUCAAAAUUGCUUUUUUUAAACUACAACGACUGAUUUUAUAAAUUAGAUUUGUACGCCGUACAUUGUACUGACCAUUACUUUAUUUCGUUUCCAACUAUCAAUAAACCAAGGAGUCGUGCAUA